AUGGAGAAGAAAAAAAUCAACUUUUCUGAGGAAGAACGCGCUGUUUUGUUGGACCUGCUCUCACGCCACCGCAGCGUCGUCGAAAACAAGAGGACCGACGCGGCGUCCGCGAGUCGGAAGCGCGACUCCUGGAAAAAGAUUGAAGAUGAGUUUAACAGCCGCCACAACGUCACGCCACGCAAAUGGACCCAGCUUAAGAAAUGUUGGGAAAACAUGAAAGACAAGUGGCGAAGGACGAACGCUGAAGACAUGCGGGAAUGGUUUGCGACAGGUGGCGGAACACCACCGUCAAGCGAAAUAACCGACGAGCUGCAGCGCGUAGAAGACAUCGCUUCACCCAUGGCUGUUCGUCUGCCCAACCCCUGCGACAGCGACCGCAGCCGGCAUGAUGCUAUGCCCGGGGGAUCGCAGUCCUCGAACCAGCUGUGCACACCUUCUGUCGCUGCACUGCUGUCGCAGACCCAAGGCACGCUUCUGGAAGAGUUCGGUGGUUGUCAAGACAUGUACGACGGGGCAACAGACUCCUAUUCAUGGGGAGAACCUAGCAGUCCGCUGGAAGAGUCAUCACCAAUUCAUUCACGUCCCGAUGGCCAAGUACAGGAUGCUGCAAUGAGCAAACCGUGCUAUGGCGGUGGUGCAAGCUUAUCAGAGGCUGCAGCUGGAGCAUCCACAACUUCCGGAGCCGCUUCAGCUGCAACUGCCAGCGCCGCUCUGCCAGCUGGCACGAAAUGCACUUCAAGCAGCGGCAGCCAGAGGCAAACGGCUGUCUCAAUCGAACUGGGUGCCCGCCUGGAUGCCAUCAAAGAGGACCUGAAAUACUGCGCGACUAUGCGCUCCCUCAUCCUGAAUCCGCCUGCUGUGUCUGGCACAAGUGGCUGGGCUGCUGGUGGUGGCGGAGCAGAUGAGAUGGUAGCCGGUGAACUGCUGUCAUAUGUGACCUGGCUUUGUGGUGGAGGUGGAGGCUCGGCGGGAUGCGUACUAGCCAACCGCCUGUCGGCUGACCCAAGCAGGACGGUGCUUCUGAUCGAAGCCGGGAAAACGGAGGAGAACUUCACGAUGUUCCCGCGGACCCCGUUGCAGCUCCUCGGUACGCAGGUUCCACUGUUCGCACCGCUGCUCAUCGGCAGCGAGAUCGACUGGCAAUACCUUACUGAACCUCAGCAUCACGCCUGCCUCUCUAUGGUAGAUCAGGUGUGCCCGUGGGCACGCGGGAAGGUCAUGGGAGGAUCGAGCGCUAUCAACUUUAUGCUGUAUGUUCGUGGAAACCAGCGUGACUACGACAUUUGGAGAGACGAGUUCGGAGCGUACGGUUGGUCUUACGAGGACGUCUUGCCGCACUUCAUAAAGAUUGAAAACUCGAGUUUGCCAGACCAUGACGAAGCCUAUCGCGGAAAUGCCGGAGAAAUACCUGUAAUGUAUGCGAGUACGCAGACUACUCUGAGUGAAGCGUUCUUGGAAGCCUGCACGGAAAAUGGCUACCCCAUCGUUGACUACAACGGAGAAUCCCAGGCGGGCUGUUCCAGAGUGCAAGCUAACAUCAUGGAUGGUGAGCGCUGGAGCGCUAACAGGGCUUUCAUCAAGCCAAUCUCACAGAGAAGAAAUUUGCACAUCUGGACGAAUAGCCAUGUUACAAAGGUGCUUUUCGAUGGCGACCAAGCCAUCGGAGUGCGUUUUAUCUUUAAUAAUGCGAUGUAUGAGGUUUACGCUACUCGCGAGGUCGUGAUCUCAGCCGGAGCCAUCGGUUCUCCUCAGUUGCUCAUGCUGUCCGGCAUCGGCCCUUGGCGUGACCUGCAGAACCUACAGAUCCCUGUCAUCCGUGAUCUGCCUGUGGGCGAAAACCUUCAGGAUCAUAUGCACGUCGACGGAAUCGCUGGCACGCUACCUUCGUCAUUCGGCAUUAGCUUUUCGGGUCUGUUAGACUUCGUGAACUGGAAGUCAGGUCAGUAUUCUAUUCCUGGAUCCAUUGAAGCUCUUGCAUUUGUUAGCACAUCGUUUGUGAAUAAAUCGCUGAAAUUCCCGGACGUGGAGAUCGCCUUGCAGUCCCUCCCUUCUUCGGGGAAGCCUUUGCGAUACUUCCUAAAAAGCAUGGCUCUCCGAGACGACGUUUAUGCGCAAUACUACCUGCCCAAUCGAGGACGGCACGGAUUUGCUCUGGCUCCUGUGAUGAACAGGCCGAAGUCUCGCGGUUACGUGAAACUGAGGUCAAAACCCUUCGACCAGCCCAUCAUCGACCCGAAGUACUUGACGCAUCCUGACGAUGUCAAAGCGGCAGUUGAAGGAGCGAGGAUUGCUCUGCGCCUCAUGGACAGCAAGGCCAUGCGGGACAUCGGAGCGAAGCCUUGGGACAUACCUCUUGCUUCGUGUGAAUGGGCAGGCCCCAUCUGGACUGAUUCCUACCUGGCCUGUCUUGUACAUCACAUGGCUCACACCACAUGGCACCCCUGCUGCACGUGUCCCAUGGGCUCGGAUGGAAGGGCCGUAGUGGACCCUGAGCUCAAGGUUCUGGGCGUGCGGAGCCUGCGCGUCGUGGACGCAUCUGUCAUGCCAACUAUAGUAACGGGUAACCUCAACGUGCCUACCAUGAUGAUCGCCGAGAAAGCAGCUGAAAUGAUUCUGCGGGAGAACCCUUGAAUUAUAAUACUGUCCUAUUAAACAC